GGUGCCAUUAAAGGACCAGCAUCUUUCAUGUGACUUUGAACUUCACUAAUCACCAUGUCGAAGAAGCUGUCCUCGUUCAUCAUGAAUAACCUCCUAACUAUCCUCACCGUAAUAGGUGUAGUGGGAGGAGCCGUAACGGGAAUAAUUAUUCGAUCCAGCACUCCUGGAAGCUGGACUAAGAGGGACGUCAUGUACCUGGCAUUCCCUGGAGAGCUGUUCCUCAGGAUGUUGAAGGCUCUGAUUAUUCCACUUCUGAUGUCGUCGGUGAUACACGCCAUCGGGUCGCUUGAUCUCAGUUUAUCUAAGAAGAUUGCUAUAAGGUCCAUUCUGUACUACGCGACAACUACAAUAUGUGCUGUGAUACUGGGCAUAAUCCUUGUAGUGACGAUAAAACCAGGUGUGGGCGGAAUAGCUGUAGACGAGAGGACCAAGCAAGCCGACGAGAAGGUGCCCAGACAUGUGCUUACCCAAGACACUAUGCUCGAUCUCAUCAGAAACCUCUUCCCGCCGAAUCUGGUCCAGGCAUGUGUAGCCCAGAGCCAGACCCACUUAAUAGAGCCCUUGAACGCCACCGAAAGGCAAAUGCCAAAGGAGUCGUGGAAGUUCAAGGAGCGAUUCGAGGAUACGACUAACGUGUUGGGUCUGGUCACUUUCUCGAUCGUCUUUGGAAUCGCACUGGGAAAGCUUGGAGUAAAAGGGAAAAUACUCCUGGACUUCUUUGAGUCAAUGAGUGAGGCGAUGAUGAUUAUCACAAGUUGGGUUAUUUGGAUAUCUCCCAUCGGUGUCUACUUUCUGGUCGUUGCUAAGAUGAUGGAAAUCAAGAGCUUCGGGGAACUUGUGGGAAGACUUGGGCUGUACUUCAUGACGGUGCUUCUUGGCUUAUUCCUUCAUGGAUUUGGUACCCUCUCUGUGAUAUUCUUUGUCGCAGUACGCAGACUGCCCUUCAAAGUUAUCGGUCAGCUCAGUCAAGUGCUGAUCACGGCAUUCGGAACAGCGUCCAGUUCCGCGACGAUGCCGAUAACUAUCCAGACGAUGGACAAGAUGGGCUUGGAUCCAAGAGUUACCAGAUUCGUAAUUCCAAUUGGUGCAACGAUAAAUAUGGACGGCACGGCAUUGUACGAAGCCGUGGCAGCAAUAUUUAUUGCUCAGCUCAAGAACAUAGAAAUGUCUUUUGGGAAGACAGUCGCUGUUUGUGUAACAGCGACUGCAGCUAGUAUAGGUGCUGCAGGGAUCCCGCAAGCUGGACUUGUGACAAUGGUGAUGGUGUUAGACACGGUGGGAUUGCCUUCGGAAGAGGUCAUAAACAUCAUAGCUGUAGACUGGUUGUUAGACAGAUUUCGAACGACAAUAAACGUGAUGUGUGACUGUUUAGGAGCCCGGCUAGUCGAUAUUCUCAGCAUUGGUGAACUGGGUGGGGUGACACCCACAGAUAGGCUGAACGCGGAGCCGACGGAGUUAGUCGAAAUGACUAAGGCAGACAGUCACUUGUAAUCCAGAAUGCGGUUCGUAAGGAAUGCACUUUAGCGCAGUUUGCCCACCUAUGCAGCUACUGUGAUCAAAACCACACUACAUCCAGGAUCAGAUAUACGCAAGACAGAAAAAGUAUUGCACUGUGUAGUGACAUCGUACACCAACUUGCGUACUUACUGUCUUACUAAAUAUACACAAAAUCCGGCACUCUUCUUACAAUUGUAAUAGGAAAAAGAUACUUUUUCAUCAUCUUAUAUUAUGACAAUGAAGUAUGAAAGAAGGUGUCACUAAACUGGUAAGAAUGUGAUACUAGUAAAGUAUCAUAUCACGAUAACAUGCAUCCAAACAGUUAUUUACGCUUAAUUUCAAAGGGCAUACUUGCGCAUUUCUUAAUUGAUGAAGUCUGUAAUGUAUAUAUGUUUCCCUUAAGGUGACGUUGUGAUGAAAAGACUCAGUGAUGUUUUACGUGAACUUGUCAUAGAUGAGAGAUACGAUAUUACUCUCAAAUUAGGCAUUUCUAGACAGCUAUCCAGAACUACAGAUUCCGAAAUGUCUAGUAAUGAAAAUGUGUUAUAUUUGUGUAUAUAACUAUAUCUAUAUUUAUACAUGGAAUAUCGUAUUGCCCCUGUACAUACCACAAUUUUCCAUCCAAUGCGUGCAGGGGCUCACAUGUAAUUCUCACCCUGUAUAUACUCUAUUUUUUCUAGUUUAUUUAUAUGCAUUGGUAAUUAUUUUAGGAAGUAUUUAUAUUUCGGAAACAUUUUCCAUCAGCUGCUCGAACAUUUUUCCAAAAUACGUGCAGAAUUUUUGUAUUAUUUUAGGAGUCAUAUAUGUCGGUAUAAACUAUCAUCAUCUUACCCAUUCUUGUGUUCACUAUUUUGCAAAGCUCAUGAAUUGAGACUUAUUUGAAAAAAGGUAAAUUGAAGUUGUGCUUUAAAAAUAAUUUCAAAUGAUACAUUGGAAGCUUUAAAAAAUUGAAUUGAUAAAAUUCAACGUAUAAACAUAAGAAUAUUUUGCCAUAUAAUUCCUUAAUUAUACUUGUUUAGGUGGGUAGUUGUAGAUGUAUGACCUUUUCGACAAUAAUGAUGAUUCAUGAAAUGGAUGAAAUAGAUGUUGCGAUAUUAUAUAAAUGUUAUAUGGUAUUGAUGUGAAAUGUAUAUUGAUUACAGAACAGUAGAAACCAAUAUUCCAUCAUACAAUCCAUAAGUUAAAGGUAUUCUGAUAGAUCUGUUUACUUACAAGUAUCAAGUACCUUACGCAAUGAUAAAAUAUGUUUUCAGUAAUAACCUCGACAUUCUAAUCGAAUACUAUUUUCAUACUGACUUGCACUUGACUUUUCAGGAACCGAUAAAAUUUAAAUAAUACCACGAUUGUCGAAGAAGAUUAUGUGGAAAAUGAUGUUCUGUAAAUACAAUAUGCUAUCAGUGAAAAUAGUAAAUAUACCUAUCUUGGCGCUCUAAUUUUCACUUCACUCGAAUCAUUCUUUCAUACUCUCAUUUAUUGUUAUGCGUUAGGCACGCUAUAAGCAGCCAUACUUUUAUAUUACGUAUAAAUAUUGGGACCAAGUUCUGUUAUAGAUGUAAGAUCUUUCUUUGUCUUAUUCUCACCCUUUUUUUGUUAAUCGAUUUUGUACAAAUUAUAGGUGUUAAGAUAGUAUUAACAAUAACUGCCGAUAUAGUAUCAUUAAAAUGUAAUUCAGUUACCAGUUACGUUGAAAAUUACCAUAUAAAUAAAGUUUGUAGAAUGUAGGGGUAUUAUUUGUCUAGAAAACCCAAUUUACGAAUACGCUUUUUUCAUCCUUCAUCACCUUAACCCAUUAACGCCCAAAAGCACUAUUGAUAUUAAAAACCUGUAUUUUUGAUUUAAAUUGAUAAAAUAGGUUAUUAAAACACAAACUAGGAAAAAAUUUGACGUAUUUAUAUUUUAGAAAAAAAUAUUUAGACCCGUACUCGCAUGAGUACACUGGGCACAUACAGAUUCA